GAGGACUUCAGCGAAGUGUACCUGGUGACCACGCUGAUGGGCGCCGACCUCAACAACAUCGUCAAGUGCCAGGCGCUGAGCGACGAGCACGUGCAGUUCCUCGUGUACCAGCUGCUGCGCGGGCUGAAGUACAUCCACUCGGCCGGGAUCAUCCACCGGGACCUGAAGCCCAGCAACCUGGCGGUGAACGAGGACUGCGAGCUCCGGAUCCUGGACUUCGGGCUGGCACGCCAGGCGGACGAGGAGAUGACGGGCUACGUGGCCACGCGCUGGUACCGGGCCCCUGAGAUCAUGCUCAACUGGAUGCACUACAACCAGACAGCAGUGGACAUCUGGUCUGUGGGUUGCAUCAUGGCCGAGCUGCUCCAAGGAAAGGCCCUCUUCCCGGGAAGUGACUACAUUGACCAGCUGAAGCGCAUCAUGGAGGUGGUGGGCACGCCCAGCCCUGAGGUGCUGGCAAAGAUAUCCUCAGAACACCCGUGGACCUCCUGGGAAGGAUGCUGGUGCUGGACAGCGACCGGAGGCUCAGUGCGGCCGAGGCCCUGGCCCACGCCUACUUCAGCCAGUACCACGACCCUGAGGACGAGCCUGAGGCCGAGCCCUAUGACGAGAGCGUGGAGGCAAAGGAGCGCACCUUGGAGGAGUGGAAGGAACUCACCUACCAGGAGGUCCUCAGCUUCAAGCCCCCGGGGCCACCGCAGCCCCCAGGCAGCCUGGACGUUGAGCAGUGAGCCGCUCUGGAACUCACGAGGGGCCCGAGCCUGCCCACCCCGGCUCCACAGCCUGCCGGGUUCCCACCAGGGCUGCCUCCCACCUCACGACCCCGGCCUGGGACCCCUGGUCUGCAUGCUGCUCCCGUGGGAGUCUGCGCACACAUAUGAAUGCAUGAACGUGUGCACGUGUGCAAGCCGUGGGCAUAGGAGCCUGGACAGAGCGUCCUGGCCUUCCUUGGUCCUCUUACCGCAUCCCAGCAGGCAGGGUCUCCCUUGGGACCUUACUGUGGAGGCCUGAAUGCCUGAGGGGUCCCCUUCGGAGUGUGUCUGUCUCCAGAUCUCAGUCCCAGUGGGCUGUCUGUUGGGGGUGGUGCAUUGGAGCCAGGGCCCCUGGAGACUCAAAGGGCAGGGACUCAGUGGUCUGAGCUGCUCAGCCCGGAAGUGGGGGGCUACCCUGGGAAACGCUGAGACCCAAAGGCCUGAGAGCUGGGCAGGGUCUUCCCCGGGGGGUGGCAGGGCAGGGACAGCCACCAAGUGUCACAUCAGACUGCCUGGAGCCACGUGUUUUCCUGUGUUGUGUGGCACACACGCCCUAAUGUGUGUUCCUUGUAUUUACAUGGGAAGGCGUGUAUGAAUCCAUGGGCACCCGAGGGCCAGUCUGUACUAGCAGGAGGCCCACGUUGGGGUGGCUGUACCUCCCUCCCCUCCCCCCGGCGUCUGCUGUCACUGAGGGGGUGCUGAGGUCCUGCUGUGCACCAUGCGAGGGGCUCAGGUGGGCAAAAGCCAUGGCAUUCUCCUUGGGCUUCUGAAGCCUGAGGGCACAGUGCCAGCUGGGGAGCUGGCAGUCAUGGGGCUGGGGGGACGCUAAAGGGGCUGGCCCACAUCGAGGCGCACUUGGACCUGGCCCUGCCACCGAGAGCUGGGGUGCUCUGAUCUGUGGGUCGGCCCUGACCCCCCUCCUUCCAGAAUGGAGCUGACUUCAUAACCUCUGCUCCAGAUGUGGAGGUGUGAGUCUUCUCUGUCCAGGGGUGGCGUCAGGUGCCAGACAGUGGCCUCCUACCUCGUGGGACCCAGGGAGGGCUAAGUGUCCAGUGCCUGCACUUGGUGUCUCAAUAAAGAACAUUUCUUCACUCUG